AUGGGCCUCGGCGAGACCCUGCUGGCGGGGCUGCUGGUGAUGGUGCUGGCUGUGGCGCUGCUAUCCAACGCACUGGUGCUGCUUUGUUGCGCCUACAGCUCUAAGCUCCGCACUCGCGCCUCGGGCGUCCUCCUGGUGAAUCUGUCGCUGGGCCACCUGCUGCUGGCCGCGCUGGACAUGCCCUUCACGCUGCUUGGUGUGAUGCGCGGGCGGCCACCGUCGGCGCCCGGCGCGUGCCAAGCCAUCGGCUUCCUGGACACCUUCCUGGCGUCCAACGCGGCGCUGAGCGUGGCGGCGCUCAGCGCAGACCAGUGGCUGGCCGUUGGCUUCCCGCUGCGCUACGCUGGACGCCUGCGACCGCGCGAUGCCGGCCUGCUGCUGGGCUGUGCCUGGGGACAGUCGCUGGUCUUCUCGGUCGCUGCUCUUGGUUGCUCGUGGCUCGGCUACAGCAGCGCCUUCGCGUCCUGCUCGCUGCGCCUGCCACCCGAGCCUGAGCGCCCGCGCUUCGCAGCCUUCACCGCCACACUCCAUGCCAUGGGCUUCGCGCUGCCGCUGGCGGUGCUCUGCCUCACCUCGCUCCGGGUGCACCGGGUGGCGCGCAGCCACUGCCAGCGCAUGGAUAUCGUUACCAUGAAGGCGCUCAUGCUGCUUGCCGACCUGCACCCCAGUGUGCGGCAGCGCUGCCUCAUCCAGCAGAAGCGGCGCCGCCACCGGGCCACCAGGAAGAUUGGCAUCUCUAUUGCGAGCUUCCUCAUCUGCUUUGCCCCGUAUGUCGUGACCAGGCUGGCGGAGCUCGCGCCCUUCGUCACCGUGAACGCCCACUGGGGCAUCCUCAGCAAGUGCCUGGCCUACAGCAAGGCGGCGGCCGACCCGUUCACGUACUCUCUGCUCCGCCGGUCGUUCCGCCAAGUCCUGGCCCGCAUGGCGCGCCGGCUGCUGAAGAGAACCCCGCGCCCGGCGUCCACCCACAACAGCUCCCUGGACCUGGCCAGCAUGGUGCAGCAGGUGCUGAAGAGAACCCCGCACCCGGCGUCCACCCACAACAGCUCCCUGGACGCAGAGAAUGAUUCCUGCCUGCAGCAGACACACUGA